UCCUGUAAACUACUUCCUUAUGACCGCAACAGACCAGACUUAUUAAAGUGCUCAUUGAUUUUCGAUGGAACCUACCUGUUUCAGUCAUAUAGUAACAUAUUCUUGAAUGUGAGCUGUUCCCCUUCAAAUCAAAGUGAAAUCCUCAAUUACAAGCCCGCGUGUCAUGUAAGGGUGAAUCCUCCUCAAAAGCCUGAAGUCAACUUUACCAAAGUGUCCUGGUUCACCCAAGUUGCAGAACAUUUUAUGAUUGAACAUUACAGCUCACAGCUGCAGUGGAAACAAAAGGAACAGAUUUGGAGUGACCGCCAGACCAAAAAUGUUAAGUGCAAAUUUGAAUGUGAGGCAACACUGGUGCAAGACUGGCUGGUGCAACGGGAGACAUAUGAGGCCCGUGUUCGUGUGAUGUCCCAGACUCCUUACGAGGGAACCUGGAGUGACUGGAGCCCCACUGUGACUUGGGUACCACUUGUGGGAAGAACCAGGCUAGGAUCAGGAAAUGAUGUGGGUGUUUUGAACUGGUCUAUUUUGGGCAUGGCACUGUUUGGUUUGCUGUUGCUUCCUGGCGUAUGCUUCACAGUUUUGAAAAGCACCUGUUCCAGGGUCUACUUUGAGAAGAUUAUUGGUUCACCUCUACCCAAUCCUGCAAAAUCAGCACAAUUUAAUACUUGGUUGAAUCCAUACUUCUCCAGUGAAUCCUACCAUUCCUUCUUGAAAUCAGUGGAUAUUGUACCUGUUGAAAUAUUUUCUGUUGUAGAUGAUAUCAUACUUUACAACCCAGAAGUUAAAAAGAUGCCAGACAACAACACAUAUGAGUCUAGUUGCUCCAGCUUCUCCAACCCCGGCUAUUCUCAUUUUUGCAGUGCUUCUCCUGGGUUUCCUUUUAGUCCUGGGAGUCUUGGGCGCAGCGCUGUUGAUGCUUCCUACAUGAAUGUCUCUGUUCAAGAAGAAGAGAAAAAUAAAAAACAGGACUGUGAUGUGACAAAGAAAAAACAGGAAAUGGUUAAGCUACUUCUGAUGGGCAGAGUUAACAGUGAAGCAUUGGGUAUUUCUGACUAUAAGAAUGUUUACAAGCUUCAGGCUGAGCCCCAAAGGCUCCACAGUACAGACUCAGGCAUGAGCAGUUAUGAAGAGAACAGCCAGUGGAUCAUGGAGGGAGACAGUAUCCAUGUUAUUGAAGGAGAUGACGAGAGAGAUCAGUGUAUACCAGAGGACAACGAAGGUAAUGAGGCAAAAUCCGAUGUUCAGAAGUUGUUCGAAGGCAGUGUGGGCUUUUUGGACAAAAGCUCUGUUAUUUCACCUUACAAGGUGAUCCCAAUUAUUAACGCUAAGAAUAAAGACCUCCACCGGCUCUACAGUGUAGAUUCAGGCAUGAGUAGUUUUGAGGAAGUCAGUCAAGAUAGCAUAGAGGAAAAUAGUAUUUUAGAGAUGGAAGAACACGAUGAGGGAGCACUGAGCGGGGAAAGAGAGAAGGAAGAGGUUCAGAAGUUGUUUGAAGGACAUAAAUCUCCACAGUUUGUGUCACAUUAAAACAAUGUCCCAGUGAUGUACAGUGAAGUCCUGAGUUUCCAAGCCUGGAUUUAGGAAUUAGCAGGGUAGAGGAGGAGAGUCUGGAGAACAGCAUGGAGAAGGUUGAUUAGCCCACCAAAAAUUCUUGCUUCUUGUUCCCUCUAUUUCCACCCACUGUCUUGGUGAACCCUUUAGUAUCUUUGUCUCACCACCAAUUAAACAUCUCAGUCACAGCUGGAUUAAAUUAUGCCACCACUUCAUAGCAGUGACAUAUUUAAGUAGAUUAUUCUAGCGUUAGAUAGCACUGAGCAUCCGCCUUUAGAUGAUCGUUACAGGCCGGUAAAACAGCAAAAAUAACCAGAGGUAUAGGUGUUUGUGCAUAAGUUUCCAUCUACAUAUGGCAAAACAGGGCAUGCACGAUUAAUCACUGGUUUCAUUAUUGUAUAGAGGACGUCCUCUUACGUAGUUUAGACCACACUGGAAGUUAUGAUAAUUUAUUGAUGCAGGUUAAUUGACAACUUCCUCCACAUCAUUCUACCUAGUGCCGCUAAGGGCAUUUUGCUAACAAGUAUGAGGCAUCUUGCUAAAAACAAACAGGAAAUCACAGGUUUAGUUGUACUCCACUAUAAUGUGGGCUCAGUUUGAGUGACACCACAGAACUACCAUACCUCCUGAGAGUCAAUCAAAGUCAAGGAAAUGCUUUCAAAGGUGGGGUAACGUGCAGCUCAGGGGACCUGCCUACUCUUAUGCCAAUAAACAGGCUGCGCCUACUCACCACAGGAAGGUGUCAGCUCCCCCUGCGUAGGGUUAAGCGGCCACAUGAACAAAACCCUUUACAAGACAUAUAGGGGAACUCUGAAAUUUCACAAUGUGCUUUUGUUUUUUCAAUAUUAUACUUGCAAAUUCACAACCAAUCUGCUGCUAAUGUUUUCUUUCUAAAAAAACAAAAAAGAAAAACAGAAUAUAGCUUAUGAAAAAAUAUACAGAAAAAAAAAGA